CCAUAGAUGCUGGAUCAUUUGGAGAAUCUGGCCGUCCUGCGCACCACCCGCCAUCACGAGCUCCUGGAGACGGAUAGGAAACCCCGCUGCAGACCCCGAGCGCCGGCCUUCACCCCGACCCCGUCUCCUCUUGUUCGUUUAGAGGUGUCGCUAAAGGAUUAAUGAGCCAAAAAGGCUCCCAACUUCUCCUUUAAGGCUAAUUUCGGGGUUUUUCGGCUUGUCGUCUGGACUGCCUUACAUCUUCCCUUUCAUAUUCCCUUCAUUCGAGGAUACCUGUACCUCUACUGAUGGAACAGGGUCACUCCAACGUUCUCCUGCAGCCGCCCAACACCACCUAACAUUUCCUGGAAGAACGUGUCCAUUGCCUGCUCCCAACAAACAUGGACUGUUUUCCCAUGCUUUAUUUUCUGUCGAGACAUCAUGAUUCCUGGUAAUCGAAUGCUGAUGGUCAUUUUAUUAUGCCAAGUCCUGCUGGGAGAGAGCAACCAUGCUAGUCUGAUACCUGAAGAAGGGAAAAAGAAAGUACCGGGCCUGCAGGGUCGUUCGGCCGCUCAGAGCCAUGAACUGCUGCGGGACUUUGAGGCCACACUGCUGCACAUGUUCGGCCUCAAGAAGCGGCCACGGCCCAGCCGCUCAGCCACUGUGCCUCGCUACCUGCUGGACCUCUAUCGGCUACAGUCGGGGGAGGCUGAGGAGGGCGGGGCACACGACAUUGCUUUUGAGUACCCAGAGAGGUCAGCCAGCCGGGCCAACACAGUGAGGGGAUUCCACCAUGAGGAGCACAUGGAGAGGGUGCAUGAUCUGUAUGAUGGAGAAACCAUGCCCCUUCGCUUCCUAUUCAACCUCAGCAAUAUCCCAGAGGACGAGCUUCUCUCCUCUGCCGAACUGAGGCUCUACCGUCAUCAGAUUGAUGAGGCCAUCGCUGACGCCUUCUCAGACCACCAGGGGCUUCACCGGAUAAACGUGUACGAGGUGCUGAAGCCGCCGCGGCCGGGGCAGCUAAUCACGCAGCUCUUGGAUACGCGGCUUGUGCGGCACAACGCGUCGAGCUGGGAGAGCUUUGAUGUGAGCCCUGCAGUGCUGCGUUGGACUCGCGAGGGCCUACCAAAUUAUGGGCUGGCCGUGGAGGUUCUGCAUCUCAACCAGACGCCACGCCACCAGGGCCGACACGUCCGCGUCAGCCGCUCACUGCACCAGGAACCUGGCGAGGACUGGGAGCAGCUACGCCCCCUCCUGGUUACCUUUGGCCACGACGGGAAGGGUCACCCGCUGACCCGCCGGACCAAGCGCAGCCCCAAGCAGCGGGGCCGUAAACGCAACCGCAACUGCCGGCGCCACUCACUAUAUGUGGACUUCAGCGAUGUAGGCUGGAAUGACUGGAUAGUGGCGCCCCCUGGUUACCAGGCCUAUUACUGCCAUGGGGAAUGCCCCUUUCCUCUGGCGGAUCAUCUGAACUCAACCAACCAUGCCAUUGUUCAGACACUGGUGAACUCUGUGAACAACAACAUUCCCAAGGCCUGCUGCGUGCCAACAGAGCUCAGCGCCAUCUCCAUGCUCUAUCUAGACGAACAUGACAAGGUGGUCCUAAAAAACUACCAGGAAAUGGUAGUGGAGGGCUGCGGCUGCCGCUAACACACAAACUAACAGGAACUUGGCCUGGCGCCAUGAAAAAAAGUAACAUGGACGCUAAAA